AGCCCCUGCCCUGGGGUGCAAACACUGGACUCCCCAGAACGGUGUGCGUGCAAGUUGCUGCUAUGCACACCCACCAACUGGCAUCCUCUGCAAGUUCAUGGCCGGACCAAGGCUGUGUGGGAGUGGAAGAGGAGGAGGCCCCAGACAUCGACAUAUACCACUGCCCCAACUGCGAGAAAACCCACGGGAAGUCUACCCUGAAGAAGAAGCGGGCCUGGCACAAACACGGCCCAGGGCAGACGCCCGACGUGAAGCCCGUCCAGAACGGCAGCCAGCUCUUCAUCAAGGAGCUGCGGAGUCGGACCUUCCCCAGCGCGGAAGACGUGGUGGUCCGUGUGCCCGGCAGCCAGCUCACGCUGGGCUACAUGGAGGAGCACGGCUUCACUGAGCCCAUCCUCGUACCCAAGAAAGACGGGCUGGGCCUGGCAGUCCCAGCCCCCACCUUCUAUGUCAGUGACGUCGAGAACUACGUGGGCCCAGAGCGGAGCGUGGACGUGACGGAUGUCGCCAAGCAGAAGGACUGCAAGAUGAAGCUGAAAGAGUUUGUGGACUAUUACUACAGCACCAACCGCAAGCGGGUCCUCAACCUCACCAGCCUGGAGUUCUCCGACACCAGGAUGUCCAGCUUCGUGGAGCCGCCUGACAUCGUCAAGAAGCUGUCCUGGGUGGAGACCUGCUGGCCGGACGACGCGCUGCUGGCCAAGCCCAAGGUGACCAAGUACUGCCUGAUCUGCGUGAAGGACAGCUACACCGACUUCCACAUCGACUCGGGGGGCGCCUCCGCCUGGUACCACGUGCUCAAGGGGGAGAAGAUCUUCUAUCUCAUCAAGCCGGCUUCGGCCAACAUCUCCCUAUACGAGCGCUGGCAGUCGGCCGCGAACCACAGCGAGAUGUUCUUUGCAGACCAGGUGGACAGGUGUUAUAAAUGCACCCUCAAGCAGGGCCAGACGCUCUUCAUCCCCUCAGGCUGGAUUUACGCCACACUCACGCCUGUGGACUGCCUGGCCUUCGCGGGACAUUUCCUCCACAGCCUGAGCGUGGAGAUGCAGAUGAGAGCAUACGAAGUGGAAAGGAGAUUGAAGCUUGGCAGCCUGACUCAGUUUCCCAACUUUGAAACUGCCUGCUGGUACAUGGGAAAGCAUUUGCUGGAGGCGUUUAAAGGUUCUCACAAAUCUGGGAAGCAGCUGCCCCCUCAUCUAGUCCAAGGAGCUAAAAUUCUCAAUGGUGCUUUUAGAUCAUGGACGAAAAAGCAGGCUUUGGCGGAGCAUGAGGACGAACUCCCAGAGCACUUCAAACCUUCCCAGCUCAUCAAAGACCUCGCCAAAGAGAUCCGGCUCAGCGAGAAUGCCUCCAAGGCCACCCGACCUGAAGUGACCCCGGCCAUCUCCUCAGAUGAGGUCUGUUUUGGGGACCGGGAGAAGGAGGAGCCCCCAUCCCCUAUUGAGGCCAGCCCUCCUCGGUCCUUCCUGGAGAAAGUGUCCAAGAAAAAGACUCCCAAAACCGUGAAGAUGCCCAAACCGUCCAAAGUCCCCAAACCCCCCAAGCCUCCGAAGCCCCCAAAGCCCCCCAAGCCCCUAAAGCUCAAGGAUGGGGGCAAGAAGAAAGGGAGGAAGUGCAGGGGGGCAGCCUCUCCCACCAUCCCCAACCUGGACCUGCUGGAGGCCCACACCAAGGAGGCGCUUACCAAGAUCGAGCCACCCAAGAAAGGCAAGGCCACAAAGAGUGUCCUGAGUGUGCCCAACAAGGAGGUGAUCAGUUCACAGAAUGAUGUGGAGAGGCUGGAAAUCCGAGAACAAACCAAGAGCAAGUCAGAAGCCAAGUGGAAGUACAAGAACAGCAAACCCGAUUCCCUGCUGAAGAUGGAGGAGGAGCAGAAGCUGGAGAAGUCUCCUCUCUCAGGAAACAAGGACACCAAGUUCUCGUUUUCUUUCAACAAGAGACUGCUGGGCUCCAAGGCCCUGAAGCCGCAGCCUGGCCCCGGCGUGUUUGGGGCCGUGCAGAGCUUCAAGGAGGACAAGCCCCAGCCCGUGCGGGACGAGUACGAGUAUGUGUCCGAUGAUGGGGAGCUCAAGAUUGACGAGUUCCCCAUCAGGAGGAAGCGGAGCGCCCCCAAGAGAGACUUGUCCUUCUUACUGGACGGGAAGGAGCCGCUGCCCACGCCCGUUACGAAGCCAAAGCUGGACUCGGCACUCUACAAGAGUGACGAGUCCUCUGAUGAGGGCUCGCUGCACAUCGACACGGACACCAAGCCUGCCCGCAACGCCAAAGUGAAGAAAGACAGCGGGGGCUCAGCCGCGGGCAUCCUGGACCUGCUGCAGGCCAGUGAGGAGGUUGGAGCGCUCGAGUACAACCCCAACAGGUUUCUGGGAGUGAAGGGGGUUGGGGAGGGGGGUACUGAUGGCGCAUUCCCCCCCUCGGCCAGGAGUCAAGCUAUGGGUGGAGGAAUGGGGCAGGGGGCACGUCCACUGCAGCCGAGUGGUGGUGCCACCUUCCACGUGUCCCCACGUCCAGGGCAGCUCACCCGCACGGGGGGCAACGGUGGUCCCUGCACGGGUCCCAGUGCUGCUCGGGUUCACGGCGGGGGGGGGGGGGGGGCGGCGGGGGGCGAGGUGUGCCCCCCCCCAGGCCCCCGGGGGGCCCGCCCCCCCCCCGCCGGGGGGGUGGCCUCACACAGGAGGGACCAGCCCCUGUGUCUGAGGCCCGGCCGCAUGCUUUGUCCAAAGGAGGAGCAAAAGAGCAGGAAGAAGAAGAGCACCAAGAGGAAGCUGGCCCCCAACACCCCCUCGCCCUCCGCCUCCGCCUCCGCCUCCGCCUCCGCCUCCGCCAGCACCACCCCGGCCUCCGCCACCCCGGCCUCCGCCACCCCGGCCUCCGCCAGCACGGCCAGCAGCCAGGCCUCGCAGGAGGCCAGCUCGCCCGAGCCCCCGCCUGAAUCACACAGCAGCAGCCUGGCGGACCACGAGUACACUGCGGCCGGAGCCUUUGCAGGGGCCCAGGCCAGCCGCGCCUCCCAGCCCAUGGCCCCCGGGGUCUUCCUCGCGCAGAGGCGGCCCUCCGCGUCAUCCCCCAACAAUACUGCCGCCAAAGGAAAACGUACAAAAAAGGGCAUGGCCACCGCCAAGCAGAGGCUUGGGAAAAUUUUGAAAAUUCAUCGGAAUGGAAAACUACUCCUUUAAAGUUUGGAAAGCCAGGAUCCUUCCGCUCCGCUCAGGACCCCCGGAGCCCCGCUAGAACAUCCGCCCCCAGGAGGGUGGCCGCGCUGCCUCACCCCAGGGAGGGCCUGGCCCCCUCCCGGCCACCACUCCCCCCCCCACACGAGCAUCUGUUGCUUCAGCAGGCGGAGCUCACCAACGUGGACAGAUGUCCUUUCUCAAGUUGCUUAGAGUGACCAGUUCCCGGAAACUCGGCCCUGCCCACGUGAGGACCAUUCCAGUUUCAGGACAGCCUCCAGGCACCCCUGAGUGUGGGUGUGAUUGCAGGGCCUCCGCAGCUCUGCUGGGAGCAUGAGUCCUUCGAGGAAGGAGGAGUGAGCCAACGCUCACCAGGCCCAGAGUCUGAGCUGGCCACAGGCUGGUAGCCUCCAGAGGCUUAAAAAAGGCAAAGAACACUAGAGAGGAAGAGGAGGAGAAAAUGGGAUCUUGUGUGCCCCCCUACUCUUCCUGAGUGAUUCUCAGUCCAGAGAGCGUUCGGCCCGGCCAGGAGAGGGGCCUCUAUGCUCCGUGGCCGGCAGGUGGCGGGCCGGAUGGUGGAUGUCGUGCCCUGACCUGCCGGGGCGUUUGUCGGGAUGCCGGGGCCGGCGGCAGGGUCUGUGUUAGUGGGUGGGGGCGCUAUCGUGGGGUCCCCCUGGAAGGGUCGGGCCCAGCCACGACCUAGGGCCUGGGAGCCCAGGCUAAGCCAUGUGGGCGGGCCCCGCCCAGCCCCACCGGCUACACUCGGAGAAGCACUUGUCAGCCGAGGCACCUGCCUGGCGGGGCUGACGGCGGCUGGGCGGCCCAGGGACGCAGGGCCCGCACUUCUGUCUUGUCACCUGUCGGUGUUUGGUGUCGAGGCCACGGGCGGACCCCGGACCGCACGUCCUCCGCCCAGUGACACGGAGGGGCUGGAUUUGUUUCUCAGGCAAUCCUGUAUUUUAAUUUUAGAUGUAUCUCCUGAAGCAUAUUUUUCAUAGAAUGUAGCGUGUAAAUAGCUUUUUAAAUAACUUCUUUUUUAUAAGAGUAAAAGUAUCUUUAGGAAUUUCUUUCUAGAGAGUCCUUCAUUAACAUUUAUACGAGUUUUUUGCCGAGUCUGAUGAGCAGUUGGGUUUCCAAUGCUUCUCCUCUCCUUCUUUCUUUCUACUGUUAUCGUCGGUAUUCUUUCUUUCUCUUAGGAACUAAGGUAUUGCCUGAAAAACAAGUGAUGUCUGUGCAGCCUUAUAUCUGUCUUUACAGAAGCAAACCGCACGCACGAGACCUGUUCCAGACGCGAUCAGAGAGGGGUCUUCAACUCGAAUACCAGCUCUUUCUUUCCUUCUUGUUGGCGAAGGGGGUGGGGACGCCGCUAUUUUACUAGCACCUUGUGAAGUGUUUCUGUGUUUUGUGAUGCUGUAAUUUAUUAAUGUUUGUAGCUUUUUAUAUUUGUACAUUUCUUAUGAGCUUUGUUUAUACGCCCGUCCCAGGGCGCUGUGUCCAUGCGCAGAAGUGGCCCGCGCUGCGGAGGGGGGGGGCGGUGCGGCCCCGCCCCCAGGCUGGCGGGCAAGGUCGCCGCCGGGCCCCGGCGGAGCCGCCCUGGCGUCUGCGAGGUUUCCUUUCCCGUCCUUGUUGAACAUUUAUAUAAUCUAACCCGGCCAUCAAGCUGUUUGUUCUCUUUCUCUCUCUCUCUUUUAUUUUUUAAAGUUUAUUAUUAUUAUUUGGCAACAUGUACAUUUCUAACAAAGUUUACCGUGGCUAUUAAAGUGUUUUAUUUCCCGAUUCAUAUUACUCUUGUAUCGAGUCCAUGAGGUCUAAGGCAGCUUAGAUCAAAGUUUUAAAAGAGUAAAAAUAUUUCAGGUUUUGUACAGAA